UGACGUGUCCGCGCUGCUGCCUGGUCAAAGGGUUAGAGGAGGAAGCGGCAGGGAGCAUGUGGCUUAUCAGCUACUCGCUGUGAACCCCGCUCCUCCGUUGAUGGCAGUGUACGCGGGCUAAGGACCAGAAACCUUGGAGGUGUUAUAGCAUGGCAGCAGCAGGAAGCAGCGAGCAGAAAGAGCUGCUGGCUCUGGUGCACCAGCACUUGGUCCAGAUUGGCUAUGAGAGAGCAGCAAGGGAGCUGCUGGCACAGAGUGGGCAGAAGACCUUCCUACCAUCUCCAGUCCCUCUCGGAGAUAUCUUCACUCAGUGGAAAAAAACUUCACCACAAGCCCAGAAACGAAAGGCGGAGGAAAUCAAGCAAGGCAGCCCAGCAAAGAUAAGAGUUCCUGAUCCCAAGAGCAGCUCUGAGAGCUCGGAGGAGGAAGCAGCAAAACCCAUAAAAAGCAAUGUGGCUGUGAAUAACAGUUCCUUAGCUAAAGCGGAGAGCAGCAGUGAGGAUGAGGAGUCAUCUUCCGAAGAGGAAGAAGCUGCUGGCAAGGAGGUGAAAGUCCCCGCAGCAGGAAACAAAACCAGCAACUUGCUGCACCUCGCUGCACAGAAGACGAACUCCUUCCCAGGCAAAGGGGUGGCUGUAGCUGCUGUCCAGGCAAAAGGGCAACAGAAAAAAGCAACUGCAAAUAAGUCACCAACACAGGCUGUGACAAAAGCAGGAAAGAAUAAAAUCCUCCCUGUUAAACCAGGAUCUGCUUCGCAGCCUCUUGCAUCACUGGCAGCCGCUGCAAGGAAGACGACGAACUCUGAAAGCAGUAGCAGCAGCAGCUCAUCUGAAAGUGAGGAAGAAAAGACACCAGCAGCAGUAAAAACCCCAGCUUUAAAGAAGGCAGAAAGCAGCAGUGGAGACUCCAGUGAUGAUUCAGACUCGGAAGAAGAAACAAAUACUGCAACACUCCAGGUAAAACCAGCUGCGGAAAGCAGACAGGUCGACACAACGCUGACAAAAAGUGUGCCAGCCACCGCUGUACCUUCUAAAGGAAAUGCAGUAAAGGCAUCUCCAGCAAAGAAAACGGCACAACAAACCAGAGCAGGACCUGGAAAUGUGGCUAAAACCACGAAGCCAGCAGACAGCUCAGAGACAAGUGACUCGUCUGACACCGAGAUGGAGGAACCCUCCUUGGCAACACAGGCAAAGUCGCCUGGAAAAACCCCUCAGACCUUCUCAUCCCCAGUGAAAAAUGCAGCAGCAUCCGGUCUCCCGUCAACCAAGACAGUCUCUAUUCCAGCUCUGUUGAAGCAAACGCCGAAGACUUCCGCAGUGAAACAGCCACCUCCUGCCAAAGCUGCUGGCGGAGUGAAGAAAGCAGAGAGCUCAGAGAGCAGCGAGUCAUCAUCUGAGAGUGGGGAUGAGGCUCCCUCAGUUCCAGUAGCCCAGAAGAAAUUGCAAACUCCUCCACCUCCCACUGGAGUCAGGCAAAAUCAGAUUGAUAAACCAGGCACCCCGGCAAGUGCUUUGAAGGGGAAGGAGAUGGAGAGUGAGAGCAGCAGCAGCUCAUCUGACAGUGAGGAUGAAAUGAUUCCUCCAACACAAGAUAACCUGCCACCUCCUUUUGCAACCAAGGCAAAUGCUGCACCUCAGGUGGUGUCUGCUGCAAAGUCCCUGCCCCCACCAGGAGGACCACUUCAGAAGGCCCAGGAGAGUGAAGACAGUAGCCAGGAUUCUAGUGAGGAGUCUGACUCUGAAGAAGACAAAGUGUUAACCCAGAAACCAGCUCAGGAGACUCAGAAACCCACACCCGCUCCUGCGAAAGCUCCAGCUGCAAAGAUGGCAGGUGCCACAUCAGGCAAAGCAGGCAACGCUCAGCCAGCAGGAAAAGUUUGGACAGCAAGCCCAAUGAAGUCUGCAGCUGCCUCUCUCCAGAAAGCUGCCGAGAGCUCAGAGACCGACAGCUCUGAUUCUUCAGAGGAUGAGGUGGCGGCUGGAAAGCCUGUGAAACAGCCCCCCAUUCACCCCUUUUUUCUGCCGAAAGCAGUAAAAACAGCUGCUCCUCCAGGGAAGCAUGCACAGGCCAGCUCUAGUACACCGAACUCUGUUUCCACCAAGUGCCAAGGCCCUGCUGCAGUAACAACGGGGAAGGUGAAGCAGAGCUCCUCCAAGAGGCCUAAACUAAGCCAGACUCCGCCUGAUAAACCCGAUGGGAUCCUUAAGCGCAAGGAGAGUUCUGGAAGCAGCAGUUCCUCGGAUAGCGAGGAGGAGGCAUUGACAACCGCCAAGCAGGUCCCACAGCCUGCAAGCAUACCACAGAAACAAGGAGUGGGGGGGAAGCCAGAGAGCUCAUCUGAAGCAACCAGCAGUGAUGAAGACCAGGAGGCUUCGCAGUCCCUCUUAAAGGGCUUUACGGGCCCUAUAAAGACCCCGAAGGGUGCUGCUCCUGCGCUAUCCAAACAGAGUUCCGGAAAAGCCUCCUCUGCUUUCCAUAGUACUCCCACCAGCAUGGCUUAUGGCGACAGCUCUUCCAGUGACAGUAGCGACUCGGAUGCCGAUACUAAGGAAAUAGUUGGGCAGAAGACAGAGAUUGGCCCAUUACCCUCUUCUGGAAAGGAAGUGGCAAGGACCAAGGGGGCUAAGGGGGAAAAAGCAAGGAAAAAAGGAGUGGGAAGCAUCAGCUCCAAAGCCGCCUCUGCAAAGAAAGCUGCCGCAAAGGCUCAGAGCAACGGCAGCACCAAAAGGAAUCCUGCAGGGCAGCUGCCACUCACCCUGCUGACCAGCACCCAAACCGCACCAGUUGGCUCAGAGGAGGCUGCGGCCCAAGUUCCUGGUGCAGCCGCCCAGGGAGAGCCCCAAGCCACCCCUGUUGCGGCAGUCAAGCCUCCCAAAGCUACCAAAUCUUCCAAGGCUGGGGCAAAAGAGAAGCCGUCCAAGAAGCGAAAGCUAGCAGCUGGGGAUGCUGGCCUGGGUGAGCCGAAGGGAAAGAAGCUGAAAACAAAGAGUGACGUGGAGGUGCCAAAAAAGCAGAAGAUGAAGAAGAAAUCCAAGUCUGCAACUGGCAGCGAAAAACCAAAGGAAAAAGGCAGCAAAAAGAAGAAAGCCAGUAAGAAGAAAAAGAAGAGCAAAAAGCUGGAGUCUCUUACCGCAGAUGGAUCACAGAAGAAAAAGAAGAAAAAGAAGAAAACUGGCAACCUUGAGGAAGCAGCAUGAGCCAUGGCUUAAAGCACGAAGUGAAGAAUAAAAAUAUGCUGGGAGCAUUCAAGGGAAAGAAACUGAUUGUUUAUAUUUUUAAAGAAAAGAAAACGGGAAUGUCAAAGACUUGAUUUCUGUAUUUAUAACUGUGACUUUUAGAGCUAAGCAUUCCUAACAGUUGAUCUAGCUAUUUGCUUGGGAUUAAGACAUGCCCCGAUUGCUUGGCCAAUGGAGAAGACGCAGCUACUGUAACUGACGGAAUGUGAGGAAGACAAACACCUUUGAUUAUUCAAUCCUGAAUCCAGCAAUUACGUUUACUGCUAUCUCUACUUCCUCCUUCACCCCAUCCCAACCCUUAAGAGUUAUAUUUUUUAAAGGAAAAGAUUGCCUCUCCCUCCUUUCAUACUACAUUAAAGGAAGAAGUUUUAUGUCUGCAAUGUC